AUGGAAGAAGCCGGUCGAAGGUUUCCCUCUAGGCACACCAAACGUGAGAGUCAAAAUGAGCUCACUCUACUUACUAUGGAUUCAACUCCCAUGUUUUUCGUUGCUCUCAUUCCUCCUCUGUGUGGAGCCAUUAUUGCCGUUGCCACUGCUUUAACUGUACAUCAGAAAUACAUCACCAACUACAAUUGGAUGUGUGGGAGAGCCGUUCUACCCAGCUUCUCCAGAAUUAUUAACUUGGAAUUCGAAGGAAUCGUCUUCCAACUGUUUAUAUACUUCCAUGUUCCCCUACGAUUACUCGAGCUGACUGUUGGAUUUAAUCGUUACCGCCAAUUGAUGUCGGUUACGUGUACCUGGCCACGCAUAUACAAUCUUUCAAGAUGGGCUUAUACAAUAUUCGGUACUUUAGAAGUAGUACUCAUGCUGGGAUUAUCUGCGGUCGGAGAGAAAGAACACGGAAUCAUCCAUAUAAUAUUCUUCUAUGUCUAUGGAUUUUUCGCUCUUGCUUUCUUCAUAACAAACACAAUGUGUCACAGCCAGUCUUUAUACUAUCUUAAUCCGUAUGGUCGUUUGUCAUAUCGGCUGAAAUGUAUAUUCUUGGGAAUGUAUAUGAUUUCGAUCCCCAUGAUCGUGACGUUUUAUCUUCUAUACUGGAAGGCUUGCAUCACUAUAGGAUAUGAGCUAUUUGCUCUCACUGAGUAUGCCGACGCAUUCAUAAGCACAGCUUACCAUUGCUGCGCAUUCUUUGAUAUUCGUUAUAAAGUUUUAUUCAAACUGACGUAUUGUCCUCGACGUUUGCAACAGCUGGCCGAAUCAACUAAAAAAACAUCCAAUAACGAACAAAUUGCAAAUGCAACUUCAUAA